CAUUCCUUUUUCUUUCUUUCUCUUUUUGCUACAUUACGCGUAAAAUCCAAUCCAGCUACGAUUCAUGCGAUCAUUAAAUUUCAAUAAAUUUCCAACCAAAUUCCACAACACUCUAAAUUCAUAUUUACAAACUCUAUUAUGAGAUAGAGAGAUCAGAGGUUCCAGUUUCCAGUGGCCGGCGGUGAAUCGGUGAUGCAGUUGCCGACAUAAUCAUGAAGAAAUUCACCAACAUACUUGCACCCAAAUAUUUCAUUCCCUCUCUUCUACUCUCCGGCGUAGUCAUCCUCUUAUUCUCUCUCUCAUCCUCCUCCCAAAAACAAUCACCGACAACCACCGGCGCCGGAGAACAACAACAACAAAAUAACCGUCCCGUUCUCAACUCCGAUCUACGGAUACGACCCGGGUAUAAAACAUACGACGCUUACAUACAACGACAACUAAACAAGACCCUCAAUCCGAAACUCCGACAGGUCUGGACAACCCGAGAUUGGGAUCGAAAAAUCAACGUCUUUUCCAAAUUCUUUUCUCAAUUGAAGGAUCACCGACUCCUCCAAAAUUCUUCCAGGGCUCUCUGCAUCGGUGCGCGGGUCGGGCAAGAAGUGGAGGCUCUGAAACGGGUCGGCGUAUCGAAUUCCGUGGGCAUUGAUCUCGUCCCCUACCCGCCCCUUGUAAUCCGCGGCGAUUUUCAUAACCAGCCAUUUGGCAACGAUACCUUCGAAUUCGAGUUCUCUAAUGUUUUCGAUCACGCGCUUUAUCCGGAAAAGUUCAUCGGAGAAAUCGAACGGACUUUGAAACCCGGUGGAAUAUGCGUCAUACACGUGUCUUUAUCUAAACGGGCCGACAAGUACUCUGCAAAUGACUUGUAUAGCGUCGAACCCUUGAAGGCUUUGUUUCAACGGUCAGAGCUUGUCCGAACCCGUAAAAUUGAUGGGUUCGGGUUGGAUACGGAGGUUGUAUUCAGGAAGAAAGGCAAUUCAGAGUUAAUCAAACGGUUCUGAUCCGACCCGAUCAUUCAUAUGUUAUAUUAUUUGAUUAAUUCAUGGAUUAUUAUAUAAAUAUUAAUUGUUUUGUUAAUUAGUUGGUAGAAGCUUCCAAUAAUUCACCGUAUUAUACUGUCAUUAGCUGGCAAUUUAUAUAUAUGUAUAAUAAUGUCGGUAUGUUUGUCCUA